AGACGGCAUUUGUGACGCCUACAUGACGGGUGGGCUGCGAGCUUAAAGUUCAUUCUCAUAUCUUGCCUUUGUGACAAGUGUAACGAGUCCGAAAACCUCCUAGAGACACACUUCAUUUCACUGUUUUAUCUAGAUGUCUGGGCGGGCAGCAGAGCAGGCAAACCGACCAACAGCUGAGGAGAAUGACAACACAAGAGCAUCGACCUUGAAAAGGGAACUUCGUGAUAGGAAAGGGGGUACUGCAAGAUCGCCCAAGACAUUAUCAACUGCUGUUAAAAGAAUUCAAAGGGAAUUAGCAGAAAUCACACUGGAACCGCCACCGAAUUGCAGCGCUGGUCCUAAAGGUGACAACCUGUAUGAAUGGAACUCAACAAUUCUGGGUCCACCAAAGUCCGUCUACGAAGGAGGAGUAUUUUUCCUGGAUAUUCAUUUUCCAACAGAUUAUCCUUUUAAACCACCCAAGGUCACUUUCCGAACAAGAAUUUAUCAUUGUAAUGUCAAUAGCCAGGGAGUGAUUUGUCUGGAUAUUUUAAAAGAUAACUGGAGCCCAGCUCUGACUAUUUCCAAAGUUCUUCUCUCCGUCUGUUCACUUCUGACAGAUUGCAAUCCAGCGGAUCCAUUAGUGGGAAACAUAGCGGCUCAAUACAUUUCUAACCGCGAGGAACACGACAGAACGGCGAGGGAAUGGACCCGACGAUACGCCACAUGAACUUGCUAACAGAAGAACAUAUUAUAUCGCUUUCAACUUUGUAAAUAACUCACAUUUGAGCUUUCUGAGUAACUAGAGGAGGCCUGGGAAAGAAAUAGAAGAUCGCGUGGGAGCUGGAGAUGAAAGAAUUUAUCCCCGUUUGUUUCCAGGUUCCACGCGAGAUUUAAUUUUCUCGCGAUGUUAUUUCUGUAUCUAGGUGAAAAUAUUUAAGACAUCUUUUAAAGUUUCUGAUAAAUUAUUUUGUCAUGAGUCAUUUUUACACGACUAAGUUUUCUUUGACUUAUCGCUCAUGUAAAACGCGACGUAACCAGGGAAUGUCAUGCAGUUGUUGUAAUUAAGGUCUGAUCGACGGAAUUUGAGAGAUUUCUCACAUUUGGAUCGGUCAUAAGAGACACUUUUUUCUCAACAAUUCCUCUUAGGACGUCACCUUUCGGUCCCGAGGGCAAUUGACUGUUAACAAACCUUAACUAGCUUUUUCAAUGAGCACAAACAAAGAAGAAACGGAACUGUAUUCAGAGAAACUUCUUGAAAAACUUGGUCGUGUAGAAUCGUCUCGACAAUAAUCGUUGGUUUAUAUGAGACAAAGUAUUUUGCACAGACGUUUUUGACACCAGAACGGCGACCGGAAGUAAAAUGCGACUGUUUCUGAUGCGCCUUGGCAUUCAGCCAUCGUCUAGGCAUUUUUUCUCAACGCUGCAUUGUAAAAAGAAGAGAGAUCCUCUGAUUGCAGACUGCAUUUGAAACACGUCUCUGCUUUAUCUUCCUUUUAAUUCAAUGAAACAACGUGUACACUUUCGUUGCUGUUGUUAUACAUAUGCAUUCAGUUGGAAUGCAACAUUAUUUAAUUUAAAUUUAUCCCAGUUAAAUUGCGCAAGGUGAGAUCGGUGGAAUUUUACUGUAAGUUAACACUGGCUCUGUCCGAGUGGUUUAAAAAUAGUUAUUGACUGAAAUUGCCGCUUUAAAGUUUGCUAAUUGUUAAUAUUGCGAAAUCUUAAUUGCUAGCUCGGUUGGAAAUAAAAACAAAUAGUA